AUGGCUGAAUCUCUGGUUGACGAAAUUCUUGAGCGAAACAAAAACUUUGCCGUGGCCCAUAGGCCAUACAGAUUCUUCUCUGAAAGCCAAGGCCAAAAGAGACCGUCGAUACUCAUAAUAACUUGUCUCGACCUAAGAUGUAACCCUGAAGAGUUCUUCAGUCUUCUACCAGGCGAUGCUGCAAUCUUACGCGUCGGGGGUGGUAGAGUUGCCCCGCUCAUCGCCCAAAUAAUUUCCUUGGACUGCUUCCUCGGCAGCCUCAAAGAGAUAAUGGUGAUUCAUCACACAGAUUGCGGAGCUACUCACAUGACUGAGAAGAGGAUUCACGACCACGUUUUGAAGGAAGACGGAGUUACCAUCGAGGAUGCGACACAGCUGGUGCUUCCGUUCAUUACUGACCUGGAGCAAAGCGUUCGGGACGAUGUCAAAUUAUUGAAAACAUCGAGAAUCAUUCGUCGUGAGCUGAGGGACCAUGCGAGCGGCUAUCUUUACGACGUCAAGUCUGGACUUGUCCGGCGCGUCUAGAAGUUAUUCUUUAGGCGUAGAAUAAUGAUUUCAUGGGAAGAGAUGAAAAGCACUAGCUCUGCAUAUGGCGACAUGACGUCCCCUCCGUUCACAAGAUGUUAUUCUCUCAAACCUUGAGCUAGUUGGGAAUCCGU